AUGGCCAUUCCUCCUGAGCUGCAGGCCUCGCUUGAGGUAAUGUUCGAGAAGCAGAAGAACUGCAUCCGAGAGGUGGUCCAGCAGGAGAUUCAGACGGCGGUGUCAGGUCUGCAGGGGCAGAUCUCCACGCAGGGGGCCGAGCUGAGCGCACUCCGAGCUGACCUUCAGAAGCAAAACCAAUGGCAGCACGACAGGGAGCACACGGACUGCGCACAGCUACCAGUCUUCGUUGAGCAGCGGUCUUCAGUUCGACAGCUACACGGAGACAAAGCCAGGAGGGUGACGCCAGUGAUUGACCCCGAGAGCGACCCGUGCAUCCGCUUCGUGGGCACAUUCCCGAGGCCGCUGCUGAUGAAGACGCGCCUGGCCCACUGGCGCCAGAUGCAGGAACACUUCCCCGAGCUCGAGGACGACAAGCGGGUGACCGCCGUCUUCCACGGGGUGAACCAGGUCUACAGGCUGAAGGUUGUCAACGAAGAUGACGCGACGAGCUUCCAGCCCAAGAUGAACGACGUGAACAUGGAGUGGGUGGACUUCCGCGACGGCAAAAAGUACCCGCUCAGGAAGAAGAGGGCCUUCUCGGGGCUCUACUGCGACGUACUCACGAAGUUGCAGGCCAGCCGUUCGUGGACGGGUGGAUGCAAGCUAGGUGUCAACGGGCACAAGGGGAUUUUGCAGGUGAUAACGGACGACGACGUCUACGAACUAGCGCAGGCAGUGCAGCAGGGAGAGGGCACUUUCAAGCUAGAGCCGAUCUACCCGAGUUUGCUGCACCUCGACAUCACGAAGGACGCGAUCGACGGGCUCAUCGCCGCUCUUUAA